AUGUUAUCCUCCCAUCUUUUCCUUAUACCAAUGUUUCGAGGUCGUUUUUCCGCAGGGAAUACAUCUUCAAAUAUUUGGCAAACAAAGAAACAACAGUUAUACAAUGUUCAACAAUCACCACCUCAUAGUCAACAACCUUGUGAAGUUCAAUCAAAUGAAUCAUCUACUUCGACUGAAAUUUAUAACACCAUAAAGGCGUUACUGAAUCACUUACCGCAAGCAGAACAAGACGAAGUAUAUCUAAUGCUAUUAAAACAUCAAUCAUUAUGUGAAUUAACGAAACGAAAAAUAACAAAUACACACAUACAACAUGUCAUUCGUACAGGCGAUCAUUCGCCAAUUAGUUCACGUCCCUUUCUGAGCACUAUCCAUCAACAAAAAACGUUAUCAGAACAUAUUCACCAAAUGGAAAAAGACCAUUUCAUCAGACGUUCAACAUCCCUGUGGGUAUCUCCCGUGGCGUUAGUUAAAAAACCCGAUGGAGCAGCCAGGACUAAUGGACAAGUGGAACGUUUCAAUGCGACGUUUUAUCUACAAUUAGCAAAAUUACACGAUGAAAAUGUUAAUCAUUGGGAUGAAUAUUUGCCAGCAUGCAUAUUCGCAUACAAUAGUAGACAGCAUGGUACAACUGGUAGUAAUGGUUGA